AUGCUGGACGGCCAUACGCACCGUGAGGAUUUUGCCGGCCAUAAGGGAACCAUUGGACCUGGGGAUUUGCAGUGGAUGACUGCAGGGCGUGGGAUUGUGCAUUCGGAGAUGCCGGUUAAGUUGCCGAGGGAGCAGGAGGAUGAGAGGGCGCAUGGGUUACAGUUGUGGAUUAAUUUGCCAAAAGUACACAAGAUGUGUGAACCACAGUACCAAGAACUAUUGGACGCUCAGAUACCACGCGCUAGACCCCAGGAUGAAUUUGUUAUCAAGGUCAUUGCUGGAGACUCGCACGGUGUCAAGUCUCAAAUCUAUACCCGCACACCGACAAUGUUUCUCGACUUCAGGAUGGACAAGAACCAAACCGUCACCCAAACCAUCCCGGCAACAUACAACGGAUUCAUUUACGUACUCAGCGGCACCGCAUACAUCGGGGAUUUUAACAGCGAGACCGAGGCAAAAGAGAGACCAACAGCAUCGGCAAAAACGGCAUCCGAGGCGGCUAGAACAGGAUUUCCAGUGCUCCAAACCAACUGGGCCGACCAUGCAUCUGACGACGAGGACGCCUCCACUAGUCUCCAUACUUGA